CCGCGACUCUGCAGCUAUCCUAGCCUGUUGAAGGAAUCGUGGGCGCACCUCAAGGCUCACCUAAGCCUAAUCGAGGCUGGAGGUGGUGCCAGCAAAGAUCAUUUUGAGGGAAAAGUCAGGCUGCUCAAACGUGGCUUUCCUCCAUUCCUUUUGAGAGUCAUUCUUUGCAGAGUGGUGCAGCGUGCUGCAUUCAGCUGUUGACUUGGCACAGGAGUAUGGGGGCCAGCAAACGAUGACCUCCAGAUUGCGGGUGUUGCAGCGCUUGCACCUGAAUUAGAGCCAAAUCCUAUUCUGGUGAAAGAUGGAACCCCAACAAAUCGCUGGCCCACUCAGGGAGCUGGUGGUGAAGUUGCUAAGGAGUACGGAUGACGGCACGAGCAGCACUUCUUCAGUCCCGGAGGCGUCCAUCUCUAGAACUUAUCAGUACGCUUUGCGGCUUUUGGGAAGCAGGAUCUCGGCACCCUUGGCUAGUGACGAAGCUGCAGUAGUGGACUCAAUCAAGAGGAGUCUGAUUCAUAAGGGCAGGGCGUCUGAUGCUCUUACAUUCUCCAACCUACAUCAAAGAUUAGGGGGUCCACCUGGGCCUGGCAAGCUGGGCAAGCGGUGGAGCCUCCUCUACCUUCUGAAAAGUAUUGCGGAAGACAGGGCCUCUGAUGAGAGUUCCUCUGGACACGGUUCUUCCGGCUUUGAGUGGAGCAUCUCUACCCCUGCGGCAGCUGGAGGCCUUCCUGCACGUCCCUUCGAUAGUCGGUCCAGCACCGCCAAUGGAGUUUCUGCAACCAGCAAGAAAAGCCACAGAAGCACUGAACAGCUGGCUCAGAACGAGUCUGAACUCCGGACGGACAGUACAGCACAGCUAGCGGUCGCCCCGAAAGGCAAUGUGGACUCUCGGCAAGCAGCAUACCAAGAGUUCAUGCACAUAAGACAUACUGAUGCUCAGGUUUCGGAGCAGGACCUCGUUCGGGAUGUAGUAUACACGUGUCAGGGCAUUGACGGCAAGCACAUCAAGUUUGAUGCAAAAGCGGACGGGUUUGUGAUCACCGACAGCGUGCGACUUCCAAGAGGGGCCCGAUUACUCAUACUCAAACUUUGUGAGUUGGGGUGGUUGUAUAGGAGAAUACGGACAUAUGUGAGUGAGCGCCUCUCGCCCGCAUCGCUCGAGUUGGUAGGACAGGCGUUUGGUUCCGCUCUGCAACAAGAGCUGGCUGACUACUACAGGCUCAUGGCAGUCUUGGAAGCACAGGUGCAGCAGAAGGCGCCCGGCCCUGGGGAAUUGGCAGGCCAGAGUACUGGUGGUGGUUCCUACUUGUCCUUGCGAAGGUUAGCGGUUUGGUUGGCUGAGCCCUUGCUACGAAUGCGUCUGAUGGCCAUUCUCGUGGACAACUGCGGGUCACUGAAAGGUGGCGCUUUAGCUAGCGCGCUCCACAUGCAUCGACAGCACGGGGACCCGUUUGUGCACGAAUUCAUUGGUCAGCUCCUGGAGAAGGUGUGCUUGCCCCUCCUGGAGAUGAUUCGGCGUUGGGUCCUGGAAGGGGAGCUCGACGACGGGUAUCAGGAGUUCUUUAUCUCGGGGGACCUGUCCGUGGGGGACGACGGCCUCUGGCGGGACUGCUACAAGGUUCGGCAAGCCAUGCUGCCGUCCUUCAUCUCUCCGGAGCUGGCCCACCGCAUCCUCAGGGCCGGCAAGUCCAUCAACUUUUUGCGCGGCUGCUGCCAGGACGAGGGCUGGGCCGAAGCCACCGACGCCGCCGCGGCCGCCGCCCCUGGCGCGCUCUCCCUGACGUCACCCUCCGGCACUCUCGGCACGCUCGUCGAGGCGGCCGACCAGCGCAUCUCCGCGCGCCUGGUGGCGACCAUCUUUGGGCGGUACCGCUUCCGGGAGCACUGCCUGGCGAUCAAGCAGUACCUGCUGCUAGGGCAGGGCGACUUCAUCCAGUACCUCAUGGACCUGAUCGGGCCGGACCUCUCGCAGCCGGCGGGGCUGGUCAGCAAGUUCAAGCUGGCGGGGCUGCUCGAGGCGGCCGUGCGCGCGUCCAAUGCGCAGUACGACGACAGCGCCACGCUGGACAAGCUGCGCGUGAAGAUGCUGGAGCACGGCGACGGCGACCGCGGGUGGGACGUGUUUUCGCUGGAGUACCAGGCGGCGUCGCCGCUGAGCACCGUGUUCACGGAGGCCGUCAUGCUGCGCUACCUGCGCAUCUUCAACUUCCUCUGGCGCCUCAAGCGCGUGGAGCACGCGCUGAGCGCGUCGUGGAAGGUCAUGAAGCCCAACGCGGCGGUGGUCAAGCCGGGGCGGGGCAACCAGGAGAGCGCGAAGACCUUGGCGGAUGAGCUACGGCGGUGUCACACUCUCCGCAACGAGAUGAACCACUUCGUGACCAACCUCCAGUACUACAUCAUGUUCGAGGUGCUCGAGUGCUCGUGGUCCGACUUUCUGGCGGAGGUCGACGCAGCGGCGGACCUCGACGCGCUGAUUGCGGCGCACGACACGUACCUGGACACGAUCCUCAAGAAGAGCCUGCUGGGGGAGCGCUCGCAGCAGCUGUGCAAGCGGCUGUUCACAAUCUUCGACACCGUGCUGCGCUUCAAGGGCUUCGCGGACCGGCUGUACGAGAUCGUCCGGGACAUCCAGCACAAGCAGCGACGGAGAGAAGCCGAAGUGAGCGCGCGCACGGGGGCCGGCCAGUGGGGGUCGCUGGGGGGCGAGGACGAGCACCACGAGUCCCUGGUGCAGGAGCAGCUGGACAGCAUCGGCAGGAACCUUGACGCAAUUGCUGCCGAGUACUCGUCUCUUUUGGAGGGUUUCACGGAUCAGCUCCUAGUGCAACAGCAUGUCGACCUGCGAUUCCUGUCCUUCAGACUCGACUUCUCCGAGUUCUACACGCGACAGCGGGCAGACAGAGCCAGCACGCCUCUCAAGCUAAGAUGGCCUGGUUUGUUAGGAGGACAGCUAUAGCUCAGGGUGAUCCACGAGGUCGGUUGGCACAGGAUGAGAGCCAGAUAAAGUGCUCGUGCUUGAGUACUUUUGAACGUAUCUUGCUGGUCUGCCCCAUGCAUAUGGCAAGUUGAAACGUGGCGAUGUAUCAUAGACUCAUGUCCCAAAGCAGUCGAUUGUGACUCUCAAGGCGCAUGAGAAACAAGGGC